AAUUGACUGCCGCCCUGAAAGUGCCAGUCUCUUCUUUCCGCCUGCGAGCGAAGUUCACCUGGAAACUUUUUUUUUUUUUUUUUUUUAAUUGAACAUACAACAUUGUAUUAAUUUCUCUAACUUAGUCCUAUACCUUCGACCCAACAUGUCCAUCAGUCGGAAAAACUGGUCGGCUUUGUCGAGCCUUGCACGCCAGUGGACGAUGGAGGACGAGGAGGAAGUGGAGAGGGAGAAGAGAAGGAGAGUCAGGUGCUCCAGCAGCACCACCGAUGACCCCGACACCGACCCCUCGCCUGACCUCGGCCCAACACGCAGAGACACGCCCACCACUGAUAGCACCCGUGAGACUGACUCAUCAUAUGAGAGAUCCCAGGGUCCCAGCAGUGUGGAGCAGCUGCAGCUGGACUUUGUGGAAAUGCUUCGUGUUCGUGAUGAGAAGAGGAGGAUGAGGCACGUGGAGACUCUGAGGCGACAAAAGGAGGAAGAGGAGGAUGAAGAGGGGGCUGACAAAGCAGGAACGGCCAGGGUGGAGCUGCUGGGAGAUGUUGAAGAGGAAGAGGGGGGGGUGGCGCCAUCAGUGUUCACCCGAUCCAAACCAGCACACGUCCCCAUCCCGGCUCCUCACAGUCCCGCCAGCACCACCGUCACAAACAGACAGCAUGAAAAUGGAGAGUGCUUGGGCAAAGACCCUGACACCAAGCCACCGGCAACCCCAUCCCGCAAGUUCGUCAGUUCUGUCUCCAUCUCCCUCGACAAAAGUCCUUCUACCAGUGGGCGCACAACUCCCAUGAGCCCUCGCUCUCCAACUGCGCCCCGGUCCCCUAGGGAGCACUGGCCCUCUCCGUGCCAGAGUCCCUCUCCUCGGGGAGCUCAAAACUCCAUGUCAAAUGGACACACACAGGAGACCAGUGAUAAUGGCUCUUCCUCCAGUGGCUCAGCAAACUUUGAACCAGUAGUAAGACCUGCCUUUGCCAGACAGAGCUCCAGGACUGUAUCUUUCAGGAUGAUACGGAAGAAAGAAGAGGACAAUUCCCCUCUGCAAAGGAGCUCAAGUGUCCGGAUGGCCUCAAAGAAGUUUGAAUCCAGCACAGACCAAAAUCAAGAUGAAGACAAAAAAUCUCCUUUCCAGAGGAGCUCCAAGCAGAGGCUGUCAUCCAGGGCCAUCCAGGAGAAAAUGGAGAGACUCGCCCAGGCUGCACAGAAGUCAGAGGUGGUGCGAUCUCCAGACGUGACCCACAGGGCCUUGUUCCUGCUGGACGAGGUGUCCAGGAAGAGAGGUCUGUUUGAGAAGGAGCAGCCGCCACCGAGCUCCACCAGUCCUGGAGUCUCCAGACAGGAAUUUCGGAGCUUCACAUCUGGAAUGUCAGACCGCAUCAACCGCUGGCUCAAUAAGACUAAUCCAGCUGCUUCUUCCCACAUUCCCACGGACGUGAGACAUGUGGACAUCACCAGCAAGAGGAGCCUCUUUGAGAGCAGAGGGGAGGCUGAUGUCUCAAAAGGCAGCUCUGGCAAAACCUACAAGUGAAGUACCUGCCACUAUAAUGACCAGUAGGAUUUUGACCAGAAGAUGGAAAACGAUGAAAAGGAACUGGAGGAUGAUGGAUGCCACGACUGAUUGUUUCUUCAAGCUUUUUAUGUUUUCUUUUUCACUGCCAACGUGCGCAAGAGGACGCGUGAAACAGAUAGAUGAGAGUACUGAGAAAAGGGGAGGGGAUGUGUAGCUUUGGAAGACUGAAUAAGAGGCUGUCGCUUUUAAAGUUUGGCUGUUUAAUGUCAUACACUUUUGUUUGCAUCUUUACGUAUUGGCAUGCCAUAUACCAUCAGUGGAAAGAGGAUGGGAAGAUAUGAAAACACUGUUUAAUGUGAGGGGACGAGAGAAAAAAAGAGUAGAUGUGAACAGAAGGGAAAAAAAGUGUGAGAAGCAGUGACAUGUUGUUCGCCUUAACUUCAUGUGAUUUUUCAAGCACUUUAAACAGGUGAAGGUCUUAUGUCUACUAAUACCUAUUCUUAUUGAAUUGCAUCACUGGGAAUUCUGGGACUGUAAUUGUAUGAAUAAGAUUUUUGCUGUCGUCGUUUUGUCCGCCAAAAAAUUAUUUCUACUUGUUCUGUCUGUCCAUGUGGGCAAGAUGCUGCCUGUCUAGGGAAUAAAAUGUUUUAUAACUAGAAA